AAUGCUGCUCAGCGGCUUCUCAGGGUGUGGAGGAAGCCAGCCCUGACACGCGCCCCCAGUCACUUGGCUCGUGGCUCCCCUCACGCCAAGACUGGGUGGGGCCACUCCUGUUAACCUCUGAGAUGCUGGAUCCCUCCACUCUUUCCUGGCAUUUGCUGGAAAAAGUCCUCAGGGGCCAAGACCGGAGGCCUUAGCGUGAUGUUAGCAAGUUGCAAGGAACUGGCGGGACCUUGGUGUUCCUCGGACGCCAUUCCCUACAUCUGUUACCUAGCCACACACUUUUUGUUUGGGAGCCAGUGUCCUUUAGUGGCUAAGCAACUGAGCGAUGAAUGAAAAAGGCCCAGUUCAAAGGUCGCUUCUGCCACAAACUCAGUCACUAGGUGGCCUUAGCCAAGUCACCAUAUCGUAGCCUGGCCCCAGUCUGCAAUAUGGAGGUAAUCACAGUAUCCCGCCUUACAGGGUUGUUGUAAAGAUUACAGGACUCUACAGUACAUGCAAUUCCUUAGUUAUUCAUACACAGGCACCCACUUUUGCCCUCAGGCUUCCCACAAACCCAUGACUAGAUGCUAUCUUUUCCUGUAAACUUAACUUUCCACCGUCUGUCUCAUACCCAUCCCCCAUCCCCAAAUAGCGCUAUAGCUUUUACCUCAGAACUCUUCCCUACCCUGUGACUAUUUCUCCAUUACAUGGAUUUCUAUGUCCCUCUUUCAGAGAUGCCCAGGGAAGAAGCAAGGUAGGAGUGGGCCCCUGGGACAAAAGGUGAAGCAGGUGAAGAUGGACUCACCUGUCCACCUUCUUCAGAGAGGUGUGUGUGAGAGAGAGCAAAGAGCAAGUUGUCACCCAGCCCUUCCUCCCUCAGAGGCCCAGAGACAUUUGUCCCCUCUCUUGUUCAACUAUAGCUACUCUAUUGGAGACACCCCGUGUUUCAAUAACACAUUCCUUGCCCUGGAACAUACUUGAGUGUUUUUGGAAGUUUGAUCUGGCAGCCCCCAUCUCUUUUACCACCCUGAAAUAGUUCUUUCACGUUCUCACAUGCACACAUCUUGAACAUUUAUCCCACUCAUCCCAGUGAUAUAUCUGAAAUACACGAAUCCUUAUUCAUAUAUACAUUUAUGCAUCCAAUGGGGUUCAAGCAAGUAUUUCUACAAAAAUGCGACAAACCAAACAGCAAUUGAGCCAGUGUAAAACACAAGCAGCAGAAUAACAUAUCUGAGAGCUGCCCCAUAUUUCAGCCCUCUGACUUUUCCAUCAGCUGUUUUGCACCCUGACUGUCCAUCUCAAUGGAGCCUCUAAAUACAAAUCACCUCCCGGAGGAUCCCUCACCCUCUGCUCCACACCUGCCUCGUUUGGGGGCCCUGACUCUUGUUUCCCCCCUACACACAACAGGGUGUGACACAGGGCAUGCACGCGCACACCUGCCCUGAGGGGGCUAAGAGGAGAGAGGAGGGUGUCAGGCCUGUCAAGACUGGCCAACUGUAGCCCCACCCCCAGAGGUACAAUCCCAAAAGUUCAAGAAGGGAUGCUGUGUGCAGAGGAGUGAAACUUUUGAAAGAACAACCUGUUGGGUCCAGAGAAUUGGUGAGCCCCCUCAUCUCUGAAGAAGAGGGAAGAAGCUGGCGGUGGGGUAGACAUUCACCCCCACUGGAGCAAGGAGAGAUCCCCAAGGGCUCAUACCCUGAGCAGAAAGAGAACUCCAGCACUUAGAUUGUGUAUCUUCUUGGGACCCAAAAUUCUGCCACAAAUCUAGUCUUUCCUCAACUGGACAGCAUUGGCAACCUUCCUGCCUGGAAGCAUCAGCACCGUCCACCCCAGCAGAGAUGGCCUUGGCUGAUUUUCACUACACCACCGGCAUAAGCAGUGGAUUCAAGGUUUACAUCUUGGAAGGCCAGCCCUCUUUCGAGAAUGAACACAAGUUCCACCGCCUCCCAGCCCAUCGGUUGCCAGUCUAUUCCAUCAAACGCAAGCUCACUGCUGACAUCAGAAGCCCCGACCACAGCUUGGAGGGUCAGAAAGUGUCAAAAAUCAGGCGAUCGGCAUAUGGGCCUGUAGCAGUCUCUCUGGAGCAGAUGGCACUGCCUCCUGCCCCGAAACCAGAUGUCCCAGUUGCUGCGUCCUGUGUCGCCACGUCCAGACCUGAGCCUUCCAGGGACUCUCGAGCGCUUCACCCAUCCUGCCCGCAGAAAUGCCCCUUACGGAAGCCACUGCUGGGUCCAGCCCUCUCAUUGUCCCACUUGCAGCAGAUGCGUCCUUCCGUCAUCACCUGCGCCCCUCGCCGGAGUUGCCCAGAGGCACCUACGAACACCAGCCAUCCACAGAUGUUGCCACUGAAGCACAAGAACAACCUGACCCCCGAUUCUCCCCACUCACAGAGGCUCCAUGCAUGGACCACCAGCGCAGCAAGGCCUGCAGCACAACUCAGUGGAGAAGCCUCUCCCAAGCAGAUACGUGACACGGCCGACAAAAAUCCCUACCCUAGCCCUUGAUGGCUUGGGGUCUUGACCUGGAAAGGUCCCCCCGCAUCUCUGUAGCCUGUCCUUCUUAGAACGUCCUAGAACUAGGCGUCCUGACUGCCAAGCCCCACCUCUUCUUCCUUGAGACCCUAUUAGCCUCCCUUCUUCCUACACCAUGCUUCUGGCUCCAUGCCCUCCUUCCCAACAUCUUGAUAUGUUCUCAUCCCGCUUGUAGCCUUGUAAAUGGCAACUGUCUGCUUCCUGUCCUGAACCCAUUUAUGUGGAAGUUCCACUAGUUCGAGAGGAUGUCUCUUCCAAGCCAGUGUGCUUGUAACGCAAGAAUCCCCGUGCUAGAUUAGACCAAGGGUCCUCCUCAUUCAGCAUUUUGUUUCAGACAGCCAUCAAGUAGAGGCCUCUGGGACACCUACAAGCUGGGCAUGAAAGGCAAUGAGCUUCCCAGCCCCUGGUAUUCCCAGGUAUGAUGACUCUGUAGAUCAGUGUGUGUGGGAGGGUUAUUGUAAUGCCUGCUGCAGACCAGUGGUGGUUCCCAUCAACCCUAAGUGCAGCUCCCUGACUGACUGUUGACUGGGCCUGUGUGAAGCUUUGGUUGAAGCUGAAUAUACCACGCAGUCCUCCUGGCACCAUGUGGAGGCAACUGUCCCCACUGUGCAGUGCUGCACUUUGCCCAGCAGCAGGAGGCUCCUUAGGGGAAAUGGAGCCCUCUUGAGAUCCUCCACCAUCUUGGAAGGUAUAGACAGAGUGCUGGGAAGUGUAGCCCUUCUCAACACUUUGUUCCUAGAGCUCAAGGAAAGGCUCCAACUCUCUUAAAGGACCCUCCCAGCACUGAGAAAAAUGCAGUACUACAAUGUGGAGGACAGGACCGUGAGAAAUGGCUCUCACACUGAAGACUUUUUGUCCCCGCUUGAAAAAUAGUGAAGGUCGCUGCUGAAGAUGGAGGGGCUGCAGCUGGAGCUCAGUGGGAGAGCCUCUGUUUCGCAUGCAGAAGGUCCCAGGUUCGGUCCAGAUAGGGCAUCUCCAGAUAGGGCUCAGAAAGAGUCUCUGUCUGAAACCCUGGAGAGCUGCUGCUAGUCAGAGUAUAUUGAGCUGCUGACCAAAAGUCUGACUCAGUGUCAGUGUGAGGCAGCUUCCGAUGGAACCUCUCAAAAGGUUCCAAUUAGCUAUCAUGGCUAAUAGCCAUGGGAAAACCUACUGGUACCUCCCAUAAAUUUGUCUAAUGCUUUUUAAAGAAUCCUAGGUGUGUGCGCAAGGAGAUCACUUAACACUUAUAACCACCAACACCACCAUCAGGGCAAAAGUGUUUUGCAUGGCAUAGAUGAGAACACUCUGGACAUUUUCACACAGGACUUAAAGCACUAUGGCUGCAACUGAAUGUAUACUGUGAAUGGAAACCUACGUCAGUCAGGACACUCAUUGGCAUUGCAAAUGUCUCUCUUCAACGUGAGCAAGGAACAGUUUUUAACUGAUCAGUCAUUACCCAAGCCUGGAAGAAAGGAGGGAGGGACUUCUCUCUUUCUCCUCGCCAGCUUCUGAUGUAAAGUGCAAAGUAGGACAUACAAAUCGUGCCUGUGGUGAAAUAGAAUGAACUCCAGAAGUCAUUUGGGAUUCAUGGAUCGCACUGCAGAUGAAAUUGACAAAGGCCCCUUUAUAUAUAAACAGCUUAAAUGGAGAAAGAACCACAAAGCAUUCGUGCCUCUAUCUAAAUAUUAGUUUGUAAUGUAUGUAUAGGCUAAGAUUCCAAGCCGCAAUUCUUUGCACAAAAACAGUUACAGUCUGCAGUAACGUAGCCGGUGCCAGAGAAUGACUGUGCUGCUGCUCAUGACGCUGCGCUACAGUGAGAACAAGGGAAAAACGAAAGUCAGCUCUUGCGGUAUGCACUGGUUGCCUGGGGAAUGGAAAACCUAAAGGCAGAAAGCCCCCUCUGGUGUAUGAGAAGUGCAGCCAGCAGGGCAGAGAGAGUGCAGCCUAGACAGUUUCUGUUUUGAUUUCUCCAUUGCACACACAGAUGUAACUUUCAAGAAAAGACUGGAAAGGGGAAAUUAUGGCUGACUCAGUGUGGGUAUGAGAGCAAAGACUCUGAGUGGCCACUGAUGUAAGAAGACAUGUGCUCAGUCCCAGACCACCCCCACCCCCACAAGAAUCCUUCCUAAAUGGUACACACCCCAUCUUGAAACUGAAGGGGAACCAUUUUUAUACAUUGUUUCAUAGUCAAAGGCUGCCAAAGCAGCACUGAACUGUGCCUGUAUGUGCAACAAUCCUUCUGCCAAGGGCUUUUGGGUUUUGUUUUUGCCUCAAAGCACCAUUAGGGGUUCAGGUUUGGGAACAAACUACAUUGUAUUAACAUUUUAGCACACAUUGAUGUUGAUUCUGCUCCGCAUUAAAUCUGAUGGGCCCACAUUUUUAGGCCUCCUUACAUUUACUAAUGCAUUUACUGUGGGAUAAACAAGCCCUGAAUUCAAAUGUAAUUUGUUUAUACAGUCAAUGAGUAAAUCAGAGACUAAAGGAUAGUGAAACAAACUCAUUUCUCUUCUUUUGCCUCUGAGGGUUU